AUGACAGCUAAAAAUGGCUCUUUGCCAGCAUUGAAGGACUUAAAUACGUCUACAGCUAGCGAUAUUGUUUCUGCGCACGAAGUGAGCGCGAACCAUGAGUUUCAUUUUGCCAAACGUGGCGAGGCUCUUGGAGAAGCAUCAUCGAGCCAGGAAAGCAUCGAGGGUUAUGAUCCAAGUUUGAUGAAUGGAAGAGAGCUACUGACGGCCGAGGAAGAGAAAAAGCUGCUCCGAAAAAUCGAUUGGAGAUUGAUGGCUCUUUGCUCAAUCAUCUUCAUGUUCAAGAACUUGGACAGCAACAAUUUAUCAAACGCUCGAAUUAUGAAUAAAGGAACAGAUCAAAACAUCAUGACCCAGCUUGGGCUUUCGUCAAACCAAUAUAACCUUGUCACCGCCCUUUACUAUAUCCCGUAUAUCGUGCUGGAAGCUCCGUCAAACUUGCUCAUAAAGAGAUUCACUCCAUCAAAAUGGCAAUCACGAAUUAUGGUCAGCUGGGGUAUCAUUUCGAUGUGCGGAGCUGCCGUGAGCAACAAGGCUGGACUAUACGCUGUUCGAUUCAUGCUGGGAGUGGCUGAGGCUGGUCAAUUCCCCGGCGUCAUUCUGCAAAUGACUUAUUGGUAUCGUCCUGAUGAGAUGUCAUUGCGACUUCUUUACUUUUAUAUUUGUGGAAAUUGUGCGAGCAUUUUCAGCGGUCUUCUUGCUUAUGCAUUUGAUACCGUCUCUGGUGCAGGAGGUCUUUCUGGGUGGCAAUGGCUAUUCCUCGUUGAAGGUAUCGCGACAGUCAUUUACGGCGUCGCCCUCUGGUUCUUGCUCCCGGAUUUUCCCGAGACGUCAACAUGGUUAACAGAGAGGGAGAAGAAAUUCAUUCAGGCUCGUCUCCCAGCCAAUGCUCCACGUGCCAGCGAGGACAACUUCAAGUUCCGCGAAGUCAUCGAAUCUCUGAAGGACAUCAGACUGUGGCUCUUCAUGCUCAUCUGGGCUACGUUUACUGUGGGCACCAACGGUGUUACUUUCUAUCAAUCCACCGUAAUUGCUGACCUCGGCUUCACGACGAUCGCCGAGGCCCAACUUCUCAACAUCCCCAUCACAGUUUGUGGUCUUCUUUUCAUUGCCAUCACCGGAAUGAUGGCCGAUCGCAGCCGAAUUCCCCGACCGUUAUAUCCAUUUACGUUUCUUCUCAUCAUCCUCAUCUGUUACGGUGUGUUUGUCGCCUAUCCGAGCAUCGGUGCAGUAUACGCCGUGACUUUGAUCGGAAAUGCUUUGACUGCAGGGUGGUAUCCUGUUAUGUGGCCAUGGCGAGUACAAACUACUUCGCGUGCCACGGGAUCUGCCUUCUCAAUCGGCUUUGUCAAUAGCUACGGUCAAAUCGGCGGUGCUAUUGGUCCACAACUGUUCAGAAGCGCGUACUCCCCUCGCUAUAUUGUUCCUUUCUCUGUUGCCAUGGGUCUCGUGGGACUUUGCGCGAUAUUGACGCUGGUAACUUGGUGGGUGACCUGGGAUACGGAACGCGACACGAGACGUCUAAAGCUUGCGAAAAUCGCCGCGGAAAAACGAGGUGAAACACUUUUGGAAGAUGUCGUCGACAAAGACUUGAGAAUCCAUUGA